AUGAUCAGGAAUGACCAGAAUCCGGCCCACUCUACCUCCGGAGCUACCAAUGCCCUUAAAACCCCACCAAAACGUCACACCUAUGAUGUGAGCCCCACUCAGGUUUUUGCUCGUAUUGUGGCUGAAGUCCUGGUGCGUUACAGACAUCACGGACAUGUCAGAGUAUUCCUACAUCUAUACAGUAAUUACGAUGAUGAAAGUUGCAACCAAACAAAUGUGAUCAGUUUUGGAGCCUUCUUGACUCCUUUGUUUUUCUCCAUCGUUACGAUCCUCAGUUUGUUUGGCAACAUCCUGGUUCUUGUGAUUCUGGUCAAGUACGAGAAUCUGAAAUCCCUCAUUAAUACUUUUAUCUUGAACCUUGCUGUAUCAGAUCUCCUCUUCACAGCAGGCCUGCCUUUCUGGGCCCAUUAUCACAUCAAGUCUAAGUGGAUUUUGGGUGAGCCUCUGUGCAUAAUGAUAAACUUCAUUUUCUACGCUGGCUUCUACAGCAGCGGUUUCCUCCUCAUCCUGAUGACUAUUCAUUGUUAUGUAGCUGUCAUGAGUCCUCUGUCUGACUUUGUGUCCGCCACAGGCCUCUCCUCCAUCAUUGCUAGCAUUAUUAUUUGGUUUGUUAGCAUCCUGGCUGGAAGUCCGGUCUUCAUCUUUGUCAAAGCCAAAGGCCAAGGUUACUGUGGACUUGAGACCUCUGAUGGAAGAAUGUGGGGAACCUACCAACAAAAAGUCCUCUUCAUCCUCACUGCAGUGGUGUUUGUUUUUUGCUAUUCCCAGAUCAUGUGCAGGUUGCUACACCCUUCCGCUAAAAGAAGAAGAAACAAAACUGUCAAACUCAUCUUUACUCUCAUGGUUGUCUUCGUUGUCGGAUGGGGACCUUACAAUGCAGUUAUAUUUCUGAAGUCGUCAAAUUUGUGGCUCCAACAAACUGAGAAACCAACAGAACAGCUACAAGAACUCUGUGCAGCUAGAGACAGGUUGGAUUAUACCUUCUACGUCAGCAGACUUCUCGCCUUCUCACACUGCUGCCUCAAUCCCGUGUUUUAUGUGUUCUUGGGGGUGAAAUUCAAGACCCAUUUGAAGAAACUGCUGAAGAGCUGGGGCUACAGGAACAACAGCAUCCGAAACAGACAGAGCCGGCUUACCAUCACGUCUCAUACCAGCGGAGAGCAGUUCUCCAUGUAGGGGGCUUUCUUGUAAAAGGAAUUUGUGGGAACCUUUGCAGAACCUACAUGCAUUAAAACACACACACACACACACACACACACACGCACGCACGCACGCACACACACACACACACACACACACACACACGCACGCACGCACGCACACACACACACUUUCCUUUUCAGGAUUUUUCUAAGAUUGUAAAUAAAAAAUUAUAUCAAAAUUUUUAUUACACAUCUUUCUAUGUAUUUUCAGAAUAUUUUAGGUUUAGGUUAUUCAUCUAUGAGUUUGUUAUUCGUCUUUAGUUGUGGUUUAAAAGAGACUAAGGGACUCUAAUACUCGACAGUUUGAUCUACGUGUUUACAAACCACGUAUCGUCCCCGUUAUCAAACUCUUCAUAUAAUAAGAAAACAUGUAAACCAACAUGUUAUGAAAGUAUGUGUAACAGGUUUUUGAAGCCUUGUUAUCAAUAGGUUUAAGUCCCUUGCUUGAACUCUACCUUUGCAAAUAAUUGAAAUCGAUGAUAGAUGCAUGUAACCUUAAAUGUUACAUGAUCAAAUGUAAAAUAUCACAAAGAACUGAGAACAUACAACGUGUCUUCUUAAUCAACCUAGUUCAUUAAGCCUCAUCAUGUUUUUGUUAUUGUGAAAAACAAUAAAUCAUCCACUGCUCCCUGCUCUUUUAUAUGUUGUCUUUGUUGUUUUCCAAAUGAUAAUAAAUGUAACUGUGUGUCUGUUAGAAUAAAAGUAAAAACAAU